UAUUUGUACUGCAAUGAAAUUGCAUCAUAGUCUUUAUAAGUUUUAGAUAAAUUUGUUCAAAUUUUUAUAGAAACUAUAAAUUAUUAUUCAAAAUGUCAUUGUAUAAAAGUGGUAUUAAGCCACUGCAUAUAAUAAGUCAAAAUUUUUAUUUAAAAAAAUGUUUUCCAUGUAACGUAGUCUUAUCAAAACUUGCACAUCUAAAUUGGUUAUCCAUAAGUGCACCUCCUUUGGCGUGUGGGAAAAAAACUAAUGUUACAAAUAUUUCUACUUUAUUUAAACCUGUUCCAGUUCCACUAAAUUCUGAUGGAAGUAAUAUUGGUGCUGAAUUAACUGGUAAAUUAGAAAGGUCAGAAAUACUGAAAAUACUAAAUAAAUUUGCUCAAAAAAAAGAAAUCAAGGAUUUAUGCACAGUAAACGGAAUGGACACAUAUUUGCAACAACAGGCCUUUGCUUCAUUUAGACGAUAUUGUAUAGAGGCUGAAAGUUUGCCUGUAGAUUUACAUGUAAUUUUAAGUGACAUAUCGCAAGGUGCUGGACAUGUAGAUGAUGUAUUCCCAUUCUUUUUACGACAUUGUCGAACAAUAUUUCCACAUUUAGAAUGCAUGGAUGACUUAAAGAAAAUCUCGGAUCUACGUACUCCAGCUGACUGGUAUCCAAGUGCCAGAGCUAUUGUUCGAAAAAUUAUAUUUCAUGCUGGGCCAACAAAUUCUGGCAAGACAUAUAAUGCAAUGGAAAAGUUUCUAACAGCACAAUCGGGAGUUUAUUGUGGACCUUUAAAGUUACUUGCCACUGAAGUUUUUAAUAAAGCGAAUGAAAGGGGUACACCAUGCGAUCUUGUCACCGGAGAAGAAAGACGAUUUGGUUUAUCUGAAGACAAGCCUGCAAAUCACGUUGCUUGUACUGUGGAAAUGACAUCUGUAAAUAAUACGUAUGAGAUAGCAAUUAUAGACGAAAUACAAAUGCUUAAGGACCCUCAACGCGGAUGGGCAUGGACAAGAGCAUUUUUAGGGUUAAUCGCCAAAGAAAUUCAUGUUUGUGGUGAACUAGGAGCUUACAAUUUACUGACAAAAAUUUGCGAAACUACGGGCGAAACCGUUGAACUUAAAACUUACGACAGAUUAACCGAAUUAAAUGUAGAAGAUUCUGCUUUAAUUACGCUGGAUAAUGUAAUGCCAGGAGAUUGUAUUGUUUGCUUUAGUAAAAAUGAUAUAUAUUAUGUAUCACGGGAAAUUGAGGCUCGAGGAAAAGAAGUGGCUGUAAUAUACGGUGGACUUCCUCCUGGAACAAAAUUGGCUCAAGCUGCAAAAUUUAAUGAUCCGGACAAUAGUUGUAAAGUAAUGGUGGCAACUGAUGCAAUUGGAAUGGGAUUAAACUUGAGUAUUCGCCGAAUUAUAUUUUAUUCUUUAAUGAAACCUUCUACAAAUGAAAAAGGCGAAAAAGAAAUUGAUACUAUUUCAGUAUCACAAGCUUUACAAAUAGCGGGCAGGGCUGGUAGAUAUGGCACUCAAUGGGAAAAAGGCUAUGUCACAACUUUUAAAGGAGAAGAUUUACCAACAUUACGUAAAUUGCUGGAAAAAUCUCCAGAACCUUUAACACAAGCAGGAUUGCAUCCUACAGCUGACCAAAUUGAGUUGUAUGGUUAUCAUUUGCCAAGCUCUACACUUAGUAAUUUAAUGGACAUUUUUGUAAAUUUAUCCACCGUAGACGAUUCCUUGUAUUUUAUGUGCAAUGUAGAUGAUUUCAAAUUUUUAGCUGAAAUGAUUCAGCAUGUUCCAUUGUCAUUGAGGGCCAGAUAUGUUUUCUGUUGCGCUCCUAUAAAUAGAAAAAUGCCGUUUGUAUGUUCAAUGUUUCUAAAGAUUACUCGGCAAUACAGUAAAAAUGAUGCUAUCACGUAUGAUUUCAUUGCAAAACAUUGUGGUGUACCAUUAGCACUUCCGAAAACAAUUUUAGAUUUAGUACAUUUGGAGGCCGUUUUUGAUGUUAUGGAUUUGUAUUUAUGGUUAAGUUAUCGUUUCAUAGACGCAUUCCCUGAUGCCAAUUUAAUUCGUGCUGCUCAGAAGCAAUUAGAUGAAACUAUACAGCAAGGAGUUUUUCAAAUAACGAAAUUACUUAAAAACUCAGAAUCGAAUGCUUAUCCCUCAGAUGGUGAUUCGACAGGAAUGUCUUACUCAGUCAAUAGAAGGCAGUAUGCAAGAGAACCACGUUCAACAACUAGUAAAGGUGGACGACUGACUGAAAGAUUGUUAGCUCAAGGUUUAUUAACACCAGCUAUGUUAGAGGAACUUAAAAAAGAAUGGGAUCAAAAAAAUAAUUCAAAUGCCGAUUUUGAUAGUGAUGAUGAAUCUUCUAAAAAAUCAAGAAGAAAGAGAAAAAAAUAAUGAAAAAUUCAAAAUAGUUAGUUAAUAAAUUUAUUGAAAUUUUGAAAAAAAUAAAACAAAAAUGCAA